AUGUCUCUGCCUCUCAUGUCGCUGAUCAACAAAAAAGUCCUCAUCCUCACAGUAGACGGCCGCACACUCCUCGGCACCCUUCUUUCCACAGAUCAGCUCACGAACAUCGUCCUCACCAAUACCGUGGAGCGCAUCAUUCGAACUCCAGAUGACGAUGAGCCCUCAGCGCAAGUCGAGCAUGGUCUAUACCUCAUCCGAGGUGACAAUGUGGUGAUCUGUGGGGAGGUCGAUGAGAAGAUCGACUCGGAUAUCGAUUGGACCAAGGUCAAGGGACAGGUCAUUCGGGACACGAAAAAUGUAUAA